UUCGUUCUCUACUAGUUUGCCCUAACGCGAUUUUUUUCUAAUACUUCUGAAUCGCGCAUUUGUGCUCAAGAUCAAAAUUAAUCGUUUCACCAACAAAUUCGUAUAAAAUGUCGAUGUCAACGUUGAAGACUCCCGUGAUGAACAACAUCGCUAAACGCUGUUACGCCAGCAAGGCUGCGGCGUUAUCCAUCAAAGGUCCACAGGUGCAAACGAAACAAUUGCCCAAUAACUCUCUGGUCGUAGCAGUCCCCGAUUACCCAACCAAGAUCGGACGAGUGUCGGUGACUUUCUUGGCUGGAUCCCGGUACGAAGACCCAGAAAACGCAGGUAUCACUCAUCUCGUUCGCAGCUCUGCCGGACUCAGCACCGAAUCGUCGUCCACGUUUUCAAUCAUACGAAACCUAGGUCACUUGGGCACCAACUACUAUGUGACUUCCGAUCGCGAGACGAUUACGUACACCAUCGAAGCGCACAAGGACAAUCUUGUCAGCAGUUUGAAAUAUUACAUUGAAUCCAUUUCGAAUCAGACGUUCAAGCCUUGGGAACUCUCUGACAAUUUGAAACGCGUACAAUACGAUCUGCUGACAAUAUCGCCCGAACUCAGGGUUUUGGAUUUGGCUCAUAAAGCUGCGUACAGAAACGCUCUUGGUAAUACAGUGUUUUUACCCAAAUACAACAUCAAGAAAUUAGGAUCGGAACAUCUCUUAUACUAUGUCAAGAAAAACUUCAACAACCAGAAUACUAUUAUAUCUAGUGUUGGCGUUGAUGUAGACACAUUGGUGCACAUUUCAGAAGACUUGAAUUUACCUAAUGGAGAUGCUAACCGUGCGUCAAAAGCCAAAUAUUUUGGUGGUGACGUGAGAAAGUCUAAGGCAUUGGAUGCUACAUACUUGGCCGUCGUCGGUGAGGGGGUAAGCUAUAAAGAUUCUCAGAGUGCCUCAUAUGCUGUACUUCAAUAUUUACUCGGCAAAGGAUCAUCGGUGAAAUGGGGAGUUGGACAAGGAGUCUUGGAACAAAAUAUCCUAAAAGCAAACAGUUCAGAUAAUUUUGCUGUAUCCGCCAUAAACUAUAAUUAUUCAGAUUCUGGUCUCUUUGGUUUCUUGUUAGCAUACAAUGGUAAAGAUGUCAGUAGUGUGCUAAAGGCUGCGGUAAAUAGUUUAAGGAGUCCCACAGUUACUGAAACCGAAGUAAACAGAGCCAAGAAACAACUGAUUCACUCUCUUGUAUCAGCAUCAGAGUCUAGUGUUGGAGUUCUAGAAAAUAUUACUCACCAAGCUGUUACCACUGGACAAGUAAUACCAUUUGAAAAGUUAAUUGCUGCCAUUGAAGCAGUUACCGUUGAGGAUGUGAAGAAAGCAGCCGGCAAAGUAGCAGGUAGCAAAUUAUCAUUGGCUGGUUAUGGUAAUGUAGCAACUACACCUUACUUGGAUAAUUUGUAAAUUAGUGUUUAAUUUUAACGUAAACCUUUGUUAGUAAAAUAUUAAACUCUAAAAACACUUUUAUUGUUUAAAUGAAAUUUUUUUUUUACAUUUACCUAAAUGUCUAUGUUAUAAAUAAAUACAUUUAUAGAUUAUAAAAAAAAAAAAAUAAAUAAAAAUAAAACAUCAA